UCCAAUUCUUACCUUAUUGUAUAGUGAAAAUCUAGCAAGCGCUCAAAAUAUGAAGUACUUACUGAGAAAUUUAGAGUUCUCAAACAUUCAAGUAAAUUACUUGGAACUGAUAAAUAUCCAAGGAAACGGACUCUCUGAAUGAGAAAUUUAUAACAGCUCAUUUAUCAAUAUGACCACCAAGCUUGAGCUUUUUAAGAUUGCUGGAUGACAAAAUCCAAUCAUGCAUAACAAUGUAUUCACAAACAUUGAGAUGCUCCAGAACGGCCUAGUUCAUUUCGAGACUAUAAAUGGAGGGAUAUUCAAUUCAACAACUUUGAAUAAUGUCCAUCUUCUUGGAGUAGGAAGAGCAAACCUAAUCACUUUUAUCAAUUCUGGACAAGGAAAGCUACAGAUUAAUGAUUUUAACUUCCUUGAGGGUAGCAUCCAUAAUCUUAAAACUCUACUGAGUUUCUCAAAUCCUUAUGGUGAGACUCUGCUAAAUUCGAUGAGCAUCAUUAAUGUGUCUUCAAGUUUAUCUUCCUCUUACAUCAAAUUACUAAGCGUAAAGACGAGUACUUUCAACUCUCUUUUGUUCAAGAAUGCUUCGACUGCUUCAGACUCGAACACGAGCAAUUGUCUACUGGAUCUGAGAGAGAUGUCAUCUCCUCUAGACACCAACACAACAUUCAAUUCAGUUACGGUGGUUGGCUGUAAAAGCAAGGUGAUAAGUAUCCACAAUUCUGAGCAACUUGUGACUAUAUUUAAUCAAUACAUUACUUUCAACGAUUUGGUGAUCCGGGACUUAGACUAUCCUAAUCCAGGGUAUCUAAUCCAAAACGGCCAGAUCUUUUCUGACGGAAUCUUCAAAGUAGUCUACAAUCGUAUGAUAGUGGAGAAUAUAUAUUUUGGGAGAAUAGUAGAUAUGAUAGGGUUUGCACAGAAAGUAGACCAAUUCUUUGAAAUCAGAAAUAGCAUUUUCAGAAAUAUUUCUAACUCAGCUAUUGAUGUUAAAGCUCCCCAGAAGGGAACAGGGAUUCGGACAAGGGUCAAAUUUGAUAAUGUUACUAUCGAAGACUGGUACCUUAAUUAUAUGUCUCUGAUUGGGAUCCAGACAAGUGCAGAUCUGUAUGUCAAUAACUGAAAGUUUGUGAGAGUAACAACGGUUUAUGAUACAGCUCUUAUUUGGGGGUAUAGUUCUAAUACUGAGGUUAUCGUUGCUGAUACUCUUAUCACACAAAAUUCAGCAAUGGUUGCUGUCUUAUUCCAUCUUCCUAAGCCUGUAUCUGUUCAAUGAAUAAGAUGAAACAUCACAAACAACUUUGCUGUAAGCAACGGUGUUGCAUUCCUUGAUGUUGGGGCUUCGAUACAGUUUUUUGACAGUGAGAUAACUGAUAAUCGAGCCUAUACAAUUCCUGUUAUGGACUUAUCUCUUGCUGAGAAGAAGAGCAUCUUCAAUAAUUGUAGAAUCAGCAACAAUAGUGUCCUAUCAAAGGAAUACAUAAGAAAUACUCUUAUGAAGGAAUCUCGAUUCCAUCCAGAAUUUGUAUGGAGGAUCAAAUCCCGUGACUGGUAUUUCAGCGCAGAUGAAAUUUUUGAAGCAGUUGUAGUAUCUCUGAUGGGAGAAAUUGACAUUGUCAACGGCACUAUUUUCUCACAGCAAGCAGUGGCUGUCAGAGCUGUUGAUUCCUUUGUUAAAAUGGAAGAUGUCAAAAUCAUCGAUAUUCAAACUCAAAAAGAUUUCAUUGUUUCUGUUCAGGGAAGCAUUGGUAUGGCAAAUGUGACUGUUCGUAAUUUCACCUCAACAGUAAGUUCUGAUAUUCUGAAUGCUCUUGACUCAGAAGUGAAAAUGGAUGGAAUUCAUUACGAGAAAUCUCAAGGACAAUUUAUGAAAAGUUUCUUCUGAAAAUUAACCAUUAAUAACUUUAAAGCUCAGGAAAUUAGUAAUAUUAGCUACCUGUUUAGGGUAAUAUCGAGCAGUGAUAUCACUAUUAAGAAUAGCACAUUUAAAUCAAUAUCUUCAAGUCGCUCUCUACUUAAUAUUUACAAAUCAGACAUUCAGUUAUUGGAGGAUAUCCAAAUAUCCAACAUUUCCAACAGUGCGAUGGAUUUCUCUUCUAGUGAAGCUGAGCUAUUUAACAAUAUUACCAUCACAAAUUGCUCCUAUGCGUUCUUGGUCCGUGACUCAUUUAUUAAAGAUUGGAGGAAUUCUAUAUUUAACCAAUGUGGAAAUAUUAAUAUUGAAGAAGGCGGUGCCUUACAUGUGGUUAGGAGUAAUAUUACUCUUCAGGGUUCCCUCUUUACUCAGAACAAAGCAAAGAGCGGAGCUGCUGUUGCUAUAAAUUGUGAUUUAAACAGCCAGUGCAUCAAUAAGCUAAGUAACAAUAUUUUUGAUUCAAAUGCUGCUAGUGUUCAAGGGGCUGGAGUUUAUUACAACAUGAACAGACCUGUGAUAGAAGGUCUACAAUUUUUUAAUAACAGUGCUCCUUAUGGAAAGAAUAUUGCUAGUUAUGCAUUCAACAUUUUAUUCAUGGGAACUAAUGAAAACAGGAUCAGCAUCGAUUCUGUAGGGAGUGCGAUUUCAACCGGAGAAAGCUAUGGAGUCAGGAUAGUUGACUAUGAUAAUCAAACUAUGAAUCUGAUUGAUACAAGUUCUAUUAAAAUUCGACCUGAAAUUUCAGACUCAAGUAUUUAUGUUGGAGGAAUCGAUAAUGCUAGAAUUGUUAAUGGGGUUGCAAACUUGACCAAUUUCGACUUCGUUGCAACUCCAGGAUCCCAGAAGGUCAUUUAUAAUGUCGUAUCAGGGCAUAUAGAUUACAAUAAGAUUAAUUCCCUCUCUAAUUCAGUAGUCAAUCCUUUGAGGACUGUUGAGAGGUCUGGAUUUGUGGUUGACUUCAGAUACUGUAAGCCUGGUGAAUACGAAACUGAAGCAGGCCAAUGAAGAGAAUGUAGCAUCAAAACGUACUCGUUGAAAUGGAAUUCCACAUCUUGUAAACCAUGCAUGUCAAACGCUGUGUGACUUGGAAAAGAUCAAGUUGAGAUCAAUCCAGGAUAUUGGAGGAAAAAUAAAGAAUCCAGCCAUGCUGUUCAAUGUCUUAGAGAAAGAUCAUGUCUUGGAGGCUUCAGCCCUGACAACGAACAUCCUAUAAAUUGCGAGAAAGGAUAUGAAGGAUUCUUAUGCUCAAAGUGUUCUAUAUUAGAUGGAGAAAAGUAUCAACCAUCAUCAAAUCAUGAAUGCCUGAAGUGUCCGUCCAAGUUAGUCAAUGCAAUUGAAUUUAUUGGAUUCCAGAUUGUUUCACUUGGAUUCAUAUACUUUAUCAUAAUUCUCAACAUUAGGAAGAAGAGUGAGAAUCAAUUCUCGAUAUUGAUGAGGAUAUUCACCAACUACACUCAACUUAUUGCUGCAAUCCUCUCAUUUAACAUUAAAUUUCCAAAUUUAUUUGAAAGCAUUUCUUCGCAAACUGGUAAAGUGAGUUCACCUGAGAGAACUUUCUUUUCAUUUGAUUGUUUCAUUGAGAACAAUGAAAUUAGGAUGUUUGCACCAUCUAACGGACUCUUCAAACUGACAUUGUACUUAUUUCUUCCUAUCUUCUUGCUGAUUAUAGUUUCUGCUGGGAUCCUUCUCUACCGAAUGGUGAUGCAAUUUUGGAAGCCUCAAAAGCAGCAUGACUUGAAGAGAUACAUAGCUAUUAGUUUUAUUUGUAUAGUCUUUAUCUUCCACCCAGCAAUGACGUUUCAAUCCUUGAAAGUGUUCCAGUGAGCAUUAGUGGAUGAUGGAGACUCAAGAAUGAUUAUGCAUAUGGAUUACAAAUGUUUCUCAGAAGACCACCUCAAGUGGAUUUUCUUUGUUGGGAUGCCUAUCUUGAUCAUUUGGGUAAUCGGAAUGCCCUUUAUAGCCUUCAUCAUUCUAUUCAAGAAGAGAGACUCGCUUGAUAAUUUACAACAACAAAAGUAUUUGCUGAUUCUUUAUCAAGGGCUGAAGAAGGAUGCCUUUUACUGGGAGCUAGUAAACACUUUCAGAAAGUUUCUUGUACUUUUAUUCAACGUCUUUCUUAGCACAUACGAUCCAUACUAUAGAAUUCUCGGAGCCAUUGUUUCCCUUGUGAUUUUGAUAAGAGUUCAGGAGAGACUGAAACCAUACAAAAAAGACUCUAACAACAGAAUAGAGAUGAUCGCUAUCUUUGCUAGUAUAGUAACCCUCUACUGAACAAUCGUUUACGUAACUAGCGAAAAUAGGCUGAACUCAGUAUACUACGGGAGUUUGUUCCUCUUAUUUGUUGUGAACGCAUUUUUCCUAGUAAAUUGGGCUUAUCUCGUCUUAUGAUAUCUCGACUUCAAGCAUCCAUGCUUUGUUGCUUUCAUGAGGAUGUACAGCUUCGCUUUAUGAAAGAAUGGAAGUCAAUUCAAGCCAGAGAUUGAAGAAAAGAGGUUGCUUACUUUCCAAUCCAAGAAUUCUAGAAAGAUCAAGAAGAAAAGGGUCAAAAGAAGAUCGAUGGCUAAGAAAUGUAAGAAAAAUAAAGUGCCUAGGAUAUGUAAGAAGAGAUUUCCUCACAAAGCAUCUACAAAAUUUGUUCGCUGGAUAAAUCCAAAUAUGGAAAGUAUGGAUGAAAACAUAAAAAUAAUGGGUACUCCUAGCCAUCCUAACGAAUCUAAUGUUUCAAGGGUACAUGAAACUACUGUUGUGAUGGCUAAACCCUCACUUUUAAAUAUUGCGAAGGACCCAAGAGGAUUCAGAAGGUCUAUCAUAAGUUGAAUGAGUGAGAGGUCAGAUGAAUCAUAAAUCAUAUUUAUUAGAAAAUAUUCUAUUUCGCCA